AUGGACGGCUCGUCGUAUAACUACGGCUUCAGGGCCCCUCAUACAAACUCGCCGUUAAGCCCAGAUACCCCGACGAGUGCCUCCUAUAAGACCAAUGUAAAGAGAACGAAGACCAAGAAAUGGGUCGAGGCCAAGACUCAGAACUACGACGGCGAUGACUGGGGUAACGACUUUGAAGACGAGGCCGAUGACCCCGUUCCCGUGCCGCCGCUGAAGCCGACGGGUUUCCGUCAAGCUGGCCAGUCAACCAAUGCAGCUCUACCGUCGCACCACCCGGCCGAAUCUGUGCCUUCAAUACGACCGUCGCAGCCGAUGGGUAAUGAAGCCAGGCCGACCUCUAGCCAUCGGCCUACUGCCGGACUCCCGCCUCUGCAGAUUCAGAACUCGGCGAAACCUACGCCUCCCGUCGCCCAGCAGCCUGUUCUUGACGACGUAAAAUCGCCCCCGACUGUGUUAGGGCCAGCCUCAUUGGAUACGGCUCCGGAAACGGGCCCCAAUGAGCAGCUCGUAUCACCGCAACCCGCCAGCGCUGGCCUGCCUUCACGGACGGUUCCAGCACCGGUCCCAACACCGUUCGCUGGCCGCCCAGAAUAUCCCAAGGGUACCCCAUCUCCUCCCGUAGGAAGCCAACGGACUUCACCGGCCCCGGCGCAAACUCAAGCUGCCUGCUUUCCUCCUCGUAAGAGCAGCAUGGGACAGCAAGACCGUGAUCACCAGACUUCCGGUUCUCGGUCGAGCUCCACGCAACGUCCGUGGAUAGAGCAACGAUCAGCGUCCCCUUCCAACGUCAAAUCGCCGGGCACACCAUCCAAUACCACAGCAGCGCACUUGAUUCGACCGUCGGAUAUUUAUCGCCGGAUGGACGACAAUAACGAAAAGGAGGUGGGCUUGUCGGAGUCAGGAAAGCCAAGCAUGGACAGUGCUUCUGGCUCUAGAAAUGACCCGUCGGUGUUAGCCGCCAACCCGACGAUUCCGGCGGUCGAGGCUGGUGAGCAGCAGGCGAUGCGCGGAACUUUGGACAAAAGCCAAGCAUCGGGCGCAGUUGAUAAUGCCACACGGCAACCUAUUUUGGCACCGGUCGCAGAGAGAAGGAGCGAGUACGGAUUCGAUGGUCUUCUUGCACAACCUCAGGCCCAAGGCGCAGACCGAGGCCGACUGAGCCCCCCAGGAGGCAUGCAGGAAAGCAACUUGGGUGUGCCGGAACCGCAGUUGCAGCGCCCUACGGCAGAAGAAUCUGACCAGAACCGCCGUUACUCUACGAGCCCUCGACUGCCCGACCUGGCUCGCAUGUCACUUUUCGGAGACGACUUCUUCUCUAACCAAGACAAAUACGCUCACGAAGCGCCCCCGAUGCCGAGUUUGCCAUCCAAGAAGCAACAUUCUGAAGCCGCUUCUACGGCAGAGAAUGCGCUUGCUGUGGAUAAAUUUCCUGCUGCUGCGACACCCGGUGAUGUGACGACUCCCAUUCCCAUCUUCAACACAACUCCGCAGCCAACCAACUCAUCAUUGCCUGCAUCUCAACCAGUUAGCAGGGAAAGGUCGCGUUCACCAUCCCAAACACCACCAACCAUUGAGAAGUCGAGCAGAUCUCGCCUGCCUUCGCAAACUUCCCGACCGUCUAUUCCUGGAGGCUGGGUCACUGAAACGCGCUCCAUCGCCGAUUCUCAGACUGCUUCCGCUGUUGCGACACCCGCCGCUACCGCAGACCGAAAGCCCAUCCUCAGCUUGGAUCAGGGUGAAGUUUCUCCCAUCACUGACAACGAAGGCGACAAGUUCGGCGACAGCGGCGUAGCUACCGUGAAGGAUACGGUAUCCAUACCUGUUUCCAUCCCGGAGACUUCGGAACGGGCCGCUCAGAUGGAGGGCCGUGUCGACCAGGGUGCCGGCUUGGAGAUUUCGGCUCCUUUGAACCCUCGCGAAUCAGGUAGCUCGUCAUCGGAUUUUGCGGCGCCAGAGAGGCUGCAGCGCGAGUCCACCAUGAGCACCAUUGCCGACCCAUCCCCUGUCAAGGAGAGUGAUAAGUUGAGAGAAGAGAUCAUGCGCAGCCUGAGUCCUGUCCGCCCUACAAGUCAUGAUCUGAACAACUUCAGUAACCACCAGUCGCUGAGCCCGGCCGUUGAUGACAGUGGUACCCGUGAAAGCACCUACCUACACGGCGUCUACGACGACUACUGGACUCCCGGCGACGAAAAGCCUGAUGUGCCUGGCUUGCCGUUACAGCAGCCAGAGCAAGAGACGGCGCUCUCCCCCAACAGAGACAUUUCUGACGUUCCUCCUUUGAGCCCUCGCAAAGACGCAAUGGACCAGCCUCCCGCGCUUGGUCGGCGGUUCUCUUGGGAAGCAGGAAUGGAGCAGGUUACGCCAAAGGCCUCAGAUGCUCAAAAAGACCCCCUCGCCGAGCCUCAUCCUCAACCUGGGGAUGCGGAUGAAGAGAGCGUGCAUACCAAACAAAGUCAUCGCGAGCUGCAGGCUGCACAAUCAGAGGUAGCCAGCGACUCCGAACGUACGCCGCCGGCUACUGGGUUGGACGAUGGGCAUAUUAGCGUGCAGCAAGACGCGGGCGCGAUGUCUCAUCAAGUGUCGCAGGUUAGUUCGGCGCCGAGAGGUCGCAUGGACUCCGAAGUGAUCGAACCGCCGUCACCCGUGUCAGCCACGGCCGUUAAGAACACUGCAUCGGCUGCACCCACCCGCCGGUUGUCGCUCGCGGAAGAAAAGUCAAUGGCUCGGGUCUCGUCAAACCCCGUCUCCCCCAGCCCUCCGCCCGGCGAUCAUCCUGCCCUGACCCAGGUUCAGCCUGAGCCUGAGCCUGAGCCAGAGCCAGAGGCCGAGUCGUCCGAGGUCGGCCAGCUGCUUGCAUCUCCAGCGGCUCAGCAACAGCAGCCAACGCAGCCUGUCAAGAUUACAACGUUCAAAGAUAUCAUGGAUCUUUCCAAUGCGAAAGACAGGAUUCAAAAGUACAAUGAGACGCGCUCACAAUUCGCGUCGAUGGAUUCGGGACUUAACAAUUGGUUGGAAACAUUGAAGGCUCAGCAUCCUGAGCACGCCAACGCAACUGCAUCAUUUCGGAUUGGCGCUGCUGGCCCUAGUCAAUCGCAGCCGUCGCCGACAACCUCUCAGCCGGCUUCUCAGCAGCCUUAUUACCAGCAGUACCUCAACGCAAGCAACCCUAACCUCGCGGCGGGAGCUUCAGGCCGGCCUCUCGCGGGAAGUGCGCCCACAGGUUCGUCUCAUUCGCCUUCAAGUGAUUUUAAGCAUUCGAGCGGUCAAGUUGGGGCGAAGGGCAAGGGACUAUUGCUUGCGGCUGGCAAGGCGGGUAAAGGUCUAUUGAGCAAGGGAAAGAACAAACUCCGUGGCACUGGGGACAAGAGCGACUCAUCUCCCCCGCCGGCUCAACCUAAGACCAGAGCUGAGCGGCGUACUUCAUGGGGCAUAAGCCUCGGAUCGCGGUCGUCGUCUCGUGCCGAAAGCUACGGCCAUGCCCACUCACGGUCGCAUUCGGGAUCCGUGUCAGGCCCAACUCCACAGACCAUCCCGGAACAUCCGGCUUCUCCGACUCCACCGCCUCAACUACCCCAGACCUCACGUAUAUCCUCAUUUGAUACCUUGACUCAGGCUAGUGAUGAUCAAGCUUCGGCUUGGGCCCCACCACGGCCCCAUACGCCGCCUCAGCAGUCCACCGGAUCUCCCGGGGACAGCGACUCGGAGCCCGUGUCCCCAGUCUCGGAUACUCACUCCAUAGCGACGACUCCUCGAUUCCCGGCGAAGGAUACGCCCGGCGAGUUCCCCGUUGGAGGUGACCUCCAGAUCCCCAGACCCAUCAGUAAAACUCAGCCGUCAUGGGACCCUUUCACAGGCACGCCCUUGGUUGAGGAGGAGGGUUUUGAGAUGGGACAGGCCACGGAUCCGAGCCCCCCUGCGCCUCACGUAGAGCAUGCUGUUCCUCAAGUCACACAAACCAUCGCCGCCGCGGUAUCGAGAAGAAACACGGCCGACGAUCAAUAUGAUGAUUGGGUCGUUGUGUCGCCGCAGUCGCCUCCUUCUGGCCAGAUUCACGUGGUGUCCCCUCAGUCACCACCACAGGCGCCGCGGUCAUUCGAGCCUACGGAAUCAAGCAGGGAGAUUCUCGAGGAGGAGCAUGAUGUAAAUCAUGGUGCCAGUUCAACGGUUCUUCCCAACAUACAGUCGAUCCAGCAGUCGCAGCCGGUUCAGCAGCCCAUCCACCAGCAGCAGCAACAACAACAAACUAUUACCCAACUCCCAUCACAGCAGACUUCUCCUCAACGCCAAUCAUCCUUUGUAGGCCUCCCACCAAUCAGGCGAAGUUCUACAUUCGGUAUCAAUCUGACCAAGAGGGCGAAGAAACGCUUCCCCUUGGACGAGGGCGAUGAUAUCGACCUCGUUGCCUCUCCGGUUACAGCGACAGCUGACCAGUAUGGCAAUGAUGGCAGUUCUUCAUCCCGCUUCCAGCAAGGGGAACCUGGCUGGUCUGCACAGUCUGCGCAACCCAUUCGAGUCGAUACCGGGCCUCCGCGUUUCCGCAAAGACAGCAGUAUGUCACACAACGUUCUCUCGGCGACUUCAACUCAAGCGGCCACGCUGGCGACCGAGAGCAGUGGGAUGACUGGUCAGGAUCUGAGAAUUGACGAUGAAAAGAGACCUCUUGGGCCGGGAGUAGCAAUGAAGGGUGCCGGCCGUGUACCAGGGCCCAUUGACACAAGAGCAGCGAUGCAACAGAGUGAAGGACGUACGAGCGGUCCUCCCUAUGGUACAGGCAGACCCCCUCAUCAAGGGAUAAUGUCCCCGACUUUCGGAGGCAACCCAAUCCAUCACCUUCCUCCGCAAGGCCCGUGGAAGCUUGAGGAGUCGCACUUAUCUGAGCCGCUGGCAACCAGCAGAAGUCGCCAGUCGGGCGGAUCUCUGUCACCCCAACUGCAAACCUCCUAUGGGAUUGAUAAGGAGACCGGCGUGCCCUCAACGGCGGCACAACGACCCGAGACGCAGUUGCCCCCUCGGCAGAAGUUCUCUGAAGUGCCUCCAUCAUCAGCACAACGUUAUCCUGGUCUAUUUACUUCGCAAGGGGGAUAUCCGAACCCUGGCUCUCCCACAGGACCGACGAACUCCCAAGAUCUGGGUCAGCAUUUCUACAACCGCGAUUCUGCAUCGCUGUACAGGACACAGACGGGUGAUUCGGAAGUUAGCGGUUUCGAUCCGUCAAUAGAUGAAGACCGUGGCCGUAGGCGAAGCUCUGGCUUCUUCAAAGAGAUUGGUGGUCGCAUCUCGCGUCAUACUUCCCGUGAACGGCCAGCGUCCAAGGCCGGGAGUGGAGCGCCGAGUUUUAUGGCCGGUCCAGACGUGCGAGGUGACACAGUAUCUGAGGCGAGUGUUGCCACUGGAGAACUGCAAGACCGCCAGAGACGACGGUCAAGCUUCUUUCUCAACUUGCGGGGUUCCAAACCUUCUGAUGCUGGAGCACCCCAAGGCCGCGAUGGUGAAGUGAUUACAUCGUCAUCAAAGGCGAGCCCGAACCCGGGCGGCCCUUCCCAGGUACAGCAACCGGCAGGGCCCGCGGAGAGAAAACGUUCAUUCUUCGGUCCAGGUGCCGAUCAAUCGGCGAUUCUCCCAAUGCCCAAUCUGUCUCGUUCGUCAACGUCGACUGCUGGAUAUGAAGUAGCAGGCGGAGCAAUGGGCCCUCCCAAGAAGCGCUUUUCUGGCUUUACGAGCAAGGUGUUCCCUCGUAGUUCGAGUCAGCAAGAUUUGCAGGUGCAACAGAAGCCCGGCACGUCUCAUUCUGCGACUUCGGCCACCCUUGGUCGCCCUCCGAGCACGCCAGGAAAUCAACCUGGCAAACCUAGCCCCCUCGCUGUUCAUGGGAGGGAAAGGAGCAAUACCACUGGCACGAGUCAACUCUUUGCACAGGAAACACUGGUGAACAAGUCUUUGGGUCACGUCGAAGGCGACGAACGUGGGAGAAGAAGUUCAGCAAGCGGAUUUCUCUCUGGGCUUCUCGGCAAACGCGCGGCCAAUAAGACGACAGAGACCCAGCAUUCAUUCUCUCAAGCACAGGACCAGAAUGAAAGUGUUCCGGCACAAUUCAGAGUGCAGCAUUCCGGUCAUCAAAUGCCGCCGUCAAACCUUGGAUCAGGGCGCGAGGAUGCAGGACAGCGACCCACGCGAAGCCUGCCUCAGGGUUUCGGGCAGCAGCAACAGCAGGAGUCAUCUCGCUUCCAAGACUUCUCUAUGCAUCCGGGAGCUGGUGCACGAUUUCAGUCUCAGCAUCAGCCUCAGGGGCCUCAUCUUCAUCAGAGAAAGUCUAGUGGGUCUUUCUUGCCUUCUCCUCAACCAUCACAGCAAAUCGCUGUGGCGACGGACAAGCAAAAGAGUCCCGCGUUGGAAGAACAGCGAGCACAGCCGAUGUCUGAGUCGCAGGAAGAACGCCGUGAAGCUCCUAUCGUGCCCAGUCACGAGUUGCUCAAUGAGAAUAUCUCGCGAAGAAAGUCCUAUCAGCUGUUGCAUGGCGAUUCACACCCUCCGCAAGCUUUUGACGCUCCAACAUCACCGACACAGACGGAACAUAACCCACCGGGACGCCGUCGUCUCACUGAUCAAAGACAGCCUUCUCUUUCAUUCCUACGGGCAGAGGAGCAACUCUCGCACCCUGAGCAACCAGACGAUCAAACUGAAAGCCACUGGGUUCCUCCAGGAUUUUCAGCUGAGCCGACACCGGAACCUUCGAUAAGACACAGCUAUGGACGUGACAACUCGCCGGGCCCCCAAACACCGCCUCCUGGCCAGGAGCAAGGUGUUAAUAACCAAGCCCUCGGCGUCCACAAGUCUGGCCAUGCUAGACGAAUUUCAGAGCAGUCUGCGUCGCUGCUUUCCCCCUCUAAUGUCAGGGCAUCAUUUCCAAAUGGGGUCAUCGGCGGGUCCGAUAUGUCGCAAAGCUCCUCGAUAUCAAAUUCUCCUAAACCAUCCGCCGUCGUUCAAAUACCGGCUCCGAAUGCACCUCUGGCCUCUGAAGGUCAAAUGUCUCCACAGGACGUGUUCCAGGGGCGGCCACAACCCGGUGUGCCUGCUAACAUGCAGCAACUUGACCGAAUGGGUCAGCCAAUGGCGGGAAUCGCUUCUCCAGGACACCCUCAGCAGCAGCACCAGCAGCACCAGCAGCAUCAGCAGCAUCAGCAGCAUCAGCAUCAGCGUCAGGUUUUUGAUGCUGAGAACAGACCAACUCAAUUCUCUCAAGCGCUUCCGCCACCAAAUCAACGUUCUUCGUUACCUUUCCCCCAAGACCAUGACCUGCAGUCUGGCGGUCAGGAAUUCAGUGUCGAGAGUCAACAAAAUCCCGUGUCCAAGUGGUUCAAGAACAGAACCUCAACACAACCACAGCCUCGGCCUCAUCAAGGCUCCUCAAAAGAGUCGACGACCAAGUCCAUUUUCAGCGCGUUCAAGCGAUCAUCCAAGCAACCAGAACCUCGACCACAACAGCAGAUGCCACACCUCAGCCAGGUUCAACACGAACAGCCGCAGUCGCAGCAGUCUCAAAAGAGCCAGGGUCAGCAAAGAAUGCCACCAGCUGUCCCGCUAUCACUGCGAAAUCACCUGCCAACACAAGGACCCCCUCACAUGUAUCAAGGACAGCCUCAUUUCCCCUCAUCUGUGGGCCCCUUUGACCAAAGGAAUCCUCUACAACGCGAUCUGGCUGGCAGGGGCUCCGAGCUGGUGCAGAACAAUGCAAGAUUUCCAAACCAAGAAGAGCGGCCAUUCGAUCCUGUCAUGACUCGAGCUGUUCCCAACAGGCCUGGGCCGACUGGAAGUUUCUCCAAUGCCCAACCCUACGUUGAGCCUCAGUACGAUCAAGUCCCUAUUCCUCAAGGAUAUGCUGCCGUCCACGGCGAAGGGGGUGUAGUCCCAUCCCCGUACGGCCUCUCACGUACAUCGCCACCGGUGCGGUACCCCGCCUACCAUUCACCGCAGGUUCCACAUUGGGACCAGCCUGCUGUUUACCAGAGACAUCCUUCUGAGAUCUCUUUGUACAGUCACCCAAGCCCUCCCAUGCCACCAGGACAGCAGCUGCUCCAGGGCCACCCACAGGCAGCUGCAUGGCCUGAGGGUGACCGCCGUGUGAGCAUGGCAUCUCAUCAGUCCAAUAUCUCGCACACCAGCCACAGCACACAUGCGGCACCCGCCGGCCCCCAAGGCGGUAUGCCAAUUUCCAAUCAGCAACGUCAGACACAACAGGACUCGAGAGGAAUACGGUCAGUGAGUCAUGAUGACAGCCAGGUCGCGGCUUCGGGCCCGCAGUUCGGUCAGCAGACUUUGCCGCCAACGCAGCAGCCUCAACAGCAACCAUUCUCCCUUGUCGAUACGGCGGCACUAGGUGGAGCACCUCCCCAGAUACAACAAGGCCAUAGCAGAGAAGUUCAGGGAGCGAUUCAGGGAGAGCCAGAGAACAGCUUUCCUGAGGCGCAAUCGUUCGCCAACAAUGUGGCCCGAAACGCACCUGACAUGCAUUCAUCUCCCCACCAGCACCAGCACGCCAAGCCGACACAAGGGCUCGCGAUCGAUGCAGGAAGUAUGACGGGAGACAGCUCACGCAGCGUUUCAGACGGCGCGCAAGGAGUGGUAGAGAGUAUCAUGUCGUCUGAGCCGCCAGCGCCAGCACCUACGGCACCUCCGGCACCUCGCCUCAGCGUCAACGUGCAGCAAGUAAAUCAGGAACCCAAGGAUAACGACAUCUACGAAUCUACACCACGACUGCCGUCUGAACCGUCCCAGCCGUCGGCACAGCUUAUAAUCGCUGCGAAUACAGGCCACAGCAUGGUCAGCGACAGCUCUGCCGACGAAGCUCCUCGAAAUGCCAGCCACGCAAAUGGCAAUGCCAACCAAGGGGCCUCAACCACACUAGCGAGAGGCAAGAGCACGAGAGCCGAGCUAGAGGACACGGAAGAUGAACGUCAGAGGACCAUGCGACGUGAAGCCCAGGAGGAGAAGAUCUUGGUCGACCCUUACGAGGAGUUGCAGUCUGGAGGAGUCAAGUAUAGGAAAGAAGAGGAGCCGGCGGAUGUGCCUCAGAUGAGCGCGACGAGCUAUCCUGGCCAGGAAUGGAACCCCUACGGAGCGGGGGGUUAUGAGGACUGGGAAUAA